AGCAGGCGGCGAUAGACGGAGCAGUAGAUCCCCAACAAUGAGCAGGGACGUGGAUGUGUCUCUAAAACACCUUGAGAGCGUUUGAAUGAACGUGCAGAGCUUCGAGCCGAGUCACCGUGGUGCUGAAGGGACAGCUCCUCAUCUCUCUAACAUCUGCAGGUAGGACAACAUGACGAGAUUUGGACGAGAUUUAUUCCUUUUUUUUGUCAUGAUAAUAACUGACGCCACUGUGACAGACAUCACGGAGGAUGGGGAGCUGCGGUAGUCUUUGGUUGUGCUGCUUUUUAUCACCCAGGGCAUUUACUGUCCUACAGAGGAGCUUUCAGAUUUUUCAUUCUGUGAGACCCUCAUGUAAGAGACAUUUAACCCAGACUUGGUUCGGGGCAGCUCCCCUCCUCCAUCAUGCUGUGAUGUGUCUGUGAUUUCACAUCUGUUCGUCCUGUAGGUUAGGAGAUCACACAGAAAAGGGUGAGAUAUUCUCGGUAUUCUCAGUGGUCCCUCAAGGUCCCCUGAUCCUACUUGGCAGAGAAAUGAGUUUUUCUCGGCAGCAGCCUAACAUCCUUUUUAUUUAAUGAGCUCAAACGCUCUUUGUAGUAUAUCUGUGUCUAAGAGGAGGUGUGUCACGCUCACCUUCAUUUCACAUUUUAUCAUAGGAUGUUAAUUUCCUGUAAAAAUCAAACCAUAUCCGUCAAAGCUUUAGAUAUGGUAUAAGAUACAGCAUGCAUCAAGUUAUUUAUCACACAAUUGUGGGUAACACUUUAAAAUAACCAUAACUUAUAAAUGGUAAAUAGACCAUUUAUAAAUGGUAAGCAGAUAGUUUAUUAAUGUUUAAUUAUCAGUUAUAAAUAGCAUAUAGACCAUUAACAAGUUGUAAAUUUUACAAUUUUAAAAACCUUUAUAGGUUUAUAGGUGGUUUAUAAAUCACUCAUUAAUAAUUUACAAAGUAUUACAAACAUCAGUUGCAACUUUACAAUAACCAUCUAUGUAAUGUUUAUAGACAGUUUAAAAACCAAGUAUUGACCAUUUACAAAGUGCUACUGUCACACAUUUUAAUCUAGAUGUUUUACAACAAAUAUUUAAACCCUAUAUAAACCUUUAAUAAACAACCCAUUAAUGAUUAAUGAAAAUUAUUAAUCAUAAUUUUAUUGCUUGUUAACGGUAAAGUAGCUGUUAACUUACAUUAAUAAACUAUUUGCCAUUUAUAAUUGGUCUAUAUGCUGUUUUUAAAUGAUGAUUAAACAUAAAUAAACUAUCUAUUUACCAUUAAUAUAUUAUGGCUAUUGUAAAGUGUUACCCAGUUAUGAUAUUAUUAGACCCCAAAGGCACGCACACAAUUUUAUAAGGGUGGGCUCAAGCAAAAAAGGCCCCCCUUCUAACCAUUUCCAUUUAACUGUCUGCUCACUUUGUCUGCCCUCUUUUACAGAUAUGUUCACCCGCAUGUUAAAACUGAGACUCCUCAAUGCUGUAGCUCCUGCAUACUUCUUUAUGGCUACAGCAGUCACCUUUGUUUUACACUUUGGCUUCUUUGUCCCAACUAUCUUCCCGAAUCCUGAUACAUCUCUGGGUAGCUCCACAACACUCCACACGGUUCUUUUUCUCUUCUUGAUGUUCAAUGCUCUGGGAAACUACAUGAUGACUAUUAAAUAUCCUGCUGAAAGCAUCAACGAGACAGUGGUGCCAGUGUGUUCUCCACACUGCUCAGACAAAGUCGAUGCUCACUACCUCCUGAACGGCCGCCACUUCUGCAAACUGUGCAAGAAGGUUAUUCUGAAGAGGGAUCAUCACUGCUUUUUCACUGGGAACUGUAUUGGAAACAAAAACAUGCGUUACUUCAUCAUGUUCUGCAUCUACACGUCAUGCAUAUGUUUUUACUCACUGGUCCUUGGUGUGGCCUUCCUCACAGUGGAGUACUCCAUCUCCUUUGAGAACCCCCUCACCUUCCUCACUCUCCUUCCCCUCUCCACUGGUUACUUCUUCAUGGGUGAGUUCUGUAGUCAAAAUUAGAUCUGAAUUUAAAGGGUAAUUCCUGUAUUUUUUUAACCUGAGCUAAAAUUUCAUAGGGACAAGGUCUUAACAAAUAAUUCAAUUUCCCCUGUAAUAUUUCUCCACAGGAACAAUCUCAGGCCUGCAGCUGUUUUUGGUGCUGAUGCUUUAUGUCUGGCUUGGUAUUGGCCUGGUCUGUGCAGGUUUCUGCUGCCAGCAGGUGCUGCUGGUAGCUCGAGGACAAACCUGGUGCCAGAUGCAAAGAGGACAGCUGGUAGAGAACCGCAGUCCCUGGAGAACCAACCUAAAGGAUGUUUUUGGUACCCGCUGGAUCCUUGGCUUAGUGUUGCCUCUGCAGACGGUGGAGACGUGCUCUGAAGAUACAGAUGCACAGAAACAAGACUGAGAGAUAAUGUGUCAUAAGCUGUAAAAAGUUCUCUCUCGGGAUCCAUGUGGUGUUGUUUUUCAAUACGGGAUGGAUGCUUUAUGACCUUUAAAUUAGACCGUGAAAUAGUUAGCUGUUAGCACACAUUCCUAUAAGGACAGGAGCCAUAUACUAAUGUUGAACUUUUAAGUAUAGUCUAAGUGUAUCCUAUAAGUAGGUAGUUUCUGACAAGGCAAUAUUAUUACAAGAUGGUCAUGUGGAACAUACCGCAGUUUUCCAUGCACCUGUGCUUGCUUGCAUCAUAAUAUAAAAAUGCCUUUUUGCAUAAGCGCAUGCAUUUACAGCUUUACAUUUUUAUACUGCAUUAUCAUGCAGUCACUCUGAGAUUACGGCUCUAUAGUGUGCUUUUGUGAUGCUCUCUUUUGUAGGAUGCUACAGUGUGACAUUCAGGAAACCUCUGGUAGUUUCUGCAACAAUAAUCGACUUCAUUGUUAAGGGCUAGCAGACGAGGAAACUACAGGAUCUAAAGCAUAAACUGCCAGGCUUGACAACAAUAAGCUGAAACUUGUUGAGCCUGAUGUUUUUGACCCCAAUGAAUGUGACUCAGUGUGAUGCAGAUGUAGUAAUGUGCUCCUUUCUAAGAGUGGGUGGGGAAAUGUGAUUGUGAUUACCAUAUUAUUAUCCAGGGUAUUAUUCACAAUGUGCCAUACACUCAUGUCUUAUACCCUUACAGAAUACCCCAUCAAUGAAGGUAUUCACUGCAUUGCUACUUAAAGGGCGCCUUUAUAACAGUUACGACUUUCACUGUAAUGCUGAAAUGCUCGACAUCCUGUGAAAGAUGUUUUGGAUUUCAAUGAUUAUACUUUUAAGAGCUAUUUUGUCUAUCCCUGUAAUAUCAAUAAAAGCAUUUUAAUCACA